UUUAUUCUUUACUCCCUGCCCUUCUUCCCUCGUUAUCUAUCUUCACUUUCACACCUCACUCCUCUGCCUGAUUUUCUCCUACGCCGUUCAAUUGAUCUUUGGACAAUUGUACAUACCACAAUCCUCGUCCAUACCACUUUUCUUCACAUUCCUGACCACCACAGCUCAUCAUGGCUUCAGGCAUCGGUGAAUCUACCGUCGUUUCUAACGCUUCCAACUUGGCCAAGUACAUGAAAUUGGACCAAAGAGGCAAGGUUCUCGCUGAAUACAUCUGGAUUGAUGGUUCAAACGGCCUCCGAAAUAAGACAAAGACUUUGAGCAAGGCUCCCAAGAGCGUUGAUGAUCUCCCAGAAUGGAAUUUCGACGGCUCCUCGACGGGUCAAGCCCCCGGUGACAAUUCCGAUGUCUACAUCCGACCAGUUGCCAUGUACCCCGAUCCCAUACGGUUGGGCGAGAACAUCCUCGUCAUGUGCGAGACCUGGGAUCCCGAUGGAACACCCAACAAAUACAACUUUCGCCACGAAGCCGCACGUCUGAUGGAAGCCAAUGCCAAACAUCAAGUUUGGUUCGGUCUGGAGCAAGAAUACACUAUGUUGGGUCCUGAUGGCUGGCCAUACGGCUGGCCCAAGGGUGGCUUUCCCGGUCCUCAAGGUCCUUAUUACUGUGGUGUCGGCACUGGCCGUGUCUACUGCCGUGACAUUGUCGAGGCACACCACAAGGCUUGCAUGUACGCUGGUAUCGAAAUUUCUGGCACAAACGCCGAAGUUAUGCCUGCGCAAUGGGAGUACCAGGUCGGGCCUUGCGAGGGUAUUGAUCUCGGUGACCAACUCUGGGUCUCUCGAUGGCUCCUCCACCGUAUCGCCGAAGAAUUUGGUGUCGUCGUCUCCUUCAAGCCCAAGCCUAUCCCCGGUGACUGGAACGGUGCUGGUCUCCACACCAACGUCUCAUCCAAGGAGAUGCGUGAGGAGGGUGGAAUGAAAUACAUUGAAGAAGCCAUGAAGAAGCUUGAGAAGCGUCAUGUUGAACACAUCAAGGUCUACGGCGAGGGCAACGAAUUGCGUAUGACUGGUGCCCACGAGACCUCAAGCCUCGACAAAUUCACCUGGGGUAUUGCCAACCGUGGCUCAUCCGUCCGAAUUCCCAGAGCCUGCGCCAGAGAAGGAAAGGGAUACUUUGAAGACCGACGACCUGCUUCCAACGGUGACCCAUACCAAAUCACUGGAAUCAUUAUGGAAACUAUCUAUGGAUCCUUACCCGAGGAGAAGUUCGAGUAAAUGCUAUGAUUAGCGAGGCGAAAGUGAUGGUGGUAAAGCAAGUCUAAACAUAACAAGUUUGCUCUACGGAUUCUACAAGGCGUUGAUGGUGGUGAUGACAAUGGUGAAGCUGCUGCUUGCUGCUGUUCAUGAGCGAAUCCAAUCGAUUUGAUGUGUCGUGGUAAAUGAUGGGACUCGAAUAGAGCCGCUAGAGUUAUAGCUGAAUGAGUUGACACGAUAAAAGACAAUACCUAGUAGGCUUCUUGUUGCAA